AUGCAUAUCAAGCUUGCUGUUGGAGCUGCUCUUGCAGCCUCCAUCUCCACCGUCUCUGCCCAGGCUUGUUCCCAAGGCGCUGCCGAGUUCCUGGGAGGCAACUGGUAUUGCUCGUCCGUCAAGUCUAUCGCGUACAUGAACUUUGAGUCCUCCGGCAGCUACGACGAGGUCACUGGCAUGGACGGAGGCCAUUGUACUUCCCAGAAGAAGCAGUUCAGCGGGCCCAUGGCUCCUUUGGACGGCGAAGUUUCCUGGCAUUUCCGCGGCCCGCUUCACCUGAAGAAGUUCGCUUAUUAUACCCUUGGUGGAAACGACAAGCGCGACGCCAAACCAAGCUUCCACUCCCGUCGUCACGGCCACGGCCACUUCCAUCGCCGAGCGGAGGAGAAACGCGCGGUGGGCGACGUGGUCACUGCAACCAUCAAUGGUGAAGUCGUCACCUGGCGUAAUGACUACAACGGCGCCGCUCCAACUCCCGCUGCAGGUUCAGGCUCCGGCUCAGGCGUUCUCAAGAACAAGACUCCCUCGGGAGGUGAUACCCGCAAGAAGACCCAACCUGUCAAAGUUGGCUCCGGCGAAUGGGGUCGUCAAGGUUACUAUGACGCGGAAAAGGGCGUCGCUGAUGGCCUCACUUUCCUCAAUCACCAUGGUGGACAGGGUUCUGGUGUUUUUGACUAUCAACUCGGAAACUCCCUCUCUUAUGCUUCGGAGGACGGUCAAUCUGGCUCUGCCUCUCCCGUUGUCUUGAAGGAUGCCGUUCUCCCGGAUAACAAGGAAAUCAUCAUCAUGACCGACAAAGAAUGCAAGGGCGACUCCUGUGGAACUGUUCGUCCCGGCACAGUUGCGUACCAUGGUUUCGACGGUGCCAGCAAGCUCUUCUUGGCUGAAUUUUCCAUGCCUAUGACCGGAAAGACUGGCUUCAACAUGGACAUGCCCGCCGCCUGGAUCCUCAAUGCUGCCAUUCCCCGCACUCUCCAGUACGGAAAGCCUGAAUGCUCUUGCUGGAAGUCCGGUUGCGGAGAGUUUGAUGUUCUCGAGAUCCUCGACUCUGGAAAUACUCGUGCCAAGUCCACCCUCCAUGGCCACCUCAACGGCGGCGACAGCCACUUUUUCGAGCGCCCUACUGAAAAGGCCAUCAAGGUCGCGGUCGUCUUCAACGCGGCCGGCAGCAGUGCUCACAUCAAAAUCUUGGAUGAUGAUGUUGAGUUCUCUCCUGUCAUGAGCUCUGAUAAGGUUGCCGAUUUCUGCAAGGAGGCGCCAAGCAACUCUAUCUUCAACCUCAGUGGUUAA